GAGUGAGUGUGUGUGUGUGUGUUUGUGUGUGGGGUGUCUGAAUGGAUUUGGAUAAAGGAGGGGGGGGUGGUCUUCAGAGUGGGGCAACUCAGAGGGAAAAUCUCGCUGCGGGCUUCAUUUAAGUUUUCAGUUUCUCAGAUCUCCGCCCCUCCAUGAAUGUUAUAUAGUGAAACCUAAAACGCCAGCAGGCCCCUAUUUGGUGGCCCACUUUCUUCUUGAGGCUGUCAUAGUGCAUCAUUAUGAAAGGGGAGAUGGAGAGCUCGACCAAAGUGGAGCCCUCCAACGGGCACAGCAGGCCCCUGGACAUUGUGCCCAGUACAGAGGAGAAGAUGACAGAAAGGGGUCAGUGGGGCAACAAGAUCGAGUUUGUUCUGUCAGUGGCCGGAGAAAUCAUUGGCCUGGGGAAUGUCUGGCGUUUCCCCUACCUUUGCUAUAAGAAUGGAGGAGGGGCCUUCUUCAUCCCAUAUCUCAUCUUCCUGUUUGCUUGUGGGAUCCCCGUCUUCUUCCUGGAGACGUCUCUGGGUCAAUUCACCAGUGAGGGAGGCAUCACCUGCUGGAGGAAAAUCUGCCCGUUGUUUGAAGGAGUGGGUUAUGCCACCCAGGUGAUUGCUGCUCUGCUUAACAUCUACUACAUCGUCGUGUUGGCCUGGGCCCUCUUCUAUCUGUCCAACUCCUUCACCUGGGAUCUGCCCUGGGCCUCCUGCAACAACACCUGGAACACAGAUUCCUGUAUGGCAUUUCAGAGGGGGAAUAGCUCCAUCAAUCACCAUGAGAACACAACCUCUCCUGUCAUUGAGUUCUGGGAGCGAAGAGUGCUGAGAAUUUCCUCAGGUAUUGAUCACAUUGGCUCUCUGAAUGGGGACCUUGUUAUCUGUCUGGCCGUUGCGUGGGUCGUCUGCUACUUCUGCAUCUGGAAGGGAGUCAAGUCUACUGGCAAGGUGGUUUACUUCACAGCCACCUUCCCUUAUCUAAUGCUGGUGGUCCUGCUGAUCAGAGGGGUCACCUUGCCAGGAGCCUCCAUAGGAAUCCACUUCUACCUCUACCCCGACCUGGGACGGCUCUCUGACCCACAGGUAUGGAUGGAUGCUGGAACUCAAAUCUUCUUCUCCUAUGCCAUCUGCCUGGGUUGCCUUACUGCCCUGGGAAGCUACAACAAAUACAACAACAACUGCUACAGGGAUUGCCUGUCCCUCUGCUUCCUGAACAGUGGUACCAGUUUUAUUGCAGGUUUUGCCAUCUUCUCCAUCCUGGGCUUUAUGUCCUACGAGCAGAAUGUGCCCAUCUCAGAAGUGGCUGAAUCUGGUCCAGGUUUGGCCUUCAUUGCCUAUCCUCGUGCCGUGUCCAUGAUGCCUUUCUCCCCUCUGUGGGCCUGCUGCUUCUUCAUAAUGAUUGCCUUUCUGGGACUGGACAGUCAAUUUGUGUGUGUGGAGAGCCUGGUGACAGCCAUGGUGGACAUGUAUCCCUCCACCUUCAGGCGUAAAAACCGCAGGGAGCUCUUCAUCCUGGGUGUGGCUGUGGUGUCCUUCCUCCUGGGGCUCAUCAUGCUGACAGAGGGCGGCAUGUAUGUCUUCCAGCUCUUUGACUACUACGCAGCCAGUGGGAUGUGCCUGCUCUUCGUGGCUGUUUUUGAAACAGUUUGCAUUGCUUGGAUUUAUGGUGCCGAUCGUUUCUAUGACAACAUAGAGGACAUGAUUGGCUAUCGCCCCAGCUCUGUUAUGAAAUACUGCUGGCUUUACUUCACCCCUGCAACGUGCCUUGGAACCUUUGCUUUCGCCUUGAUCAAGUACUCACCUCUGAAGUACAACAAUGAAUACGUAUACCCAUGGUGGGGUGAUGGGAUAGGCUGGAUCCUGGCCCUGUCUUCCAUGCUGUGCAUCCCUGUCUGGGUAGCGGUGAAACUGUACAACACCCCUGGAACGCUGAGAGAGCGCCUGGUUCUCUUGACCACUCCUUCCACUGAGUUACCGAAGACAAAGCAGGAACAGGAGAGGCUGAUGGCCAUCUUCGCAGCAGACGGAGACAGCGUCCAUCAAAAAUCACCUCCCACUAAGGACGGCUACUUCCCCGUCGAUGAAAAGGAGUCGCAUUGCUAGAGACUUGACGGUUGGAAUCAGAGGCUUGUCGGGGUCAAAAGGUCACUCCUCAGCUUUGACACUUCUGUCUGGUCUAUUCCAACUCUCUACCGCAAUACCUCACCAGCGCAGACUUUAAGAGUCACCUGACCUGUAACUGCUGGUCUGCUGCUUUCCCUUUUGUACACUGCCUUCAGCAUCAGCAUUCCUACUGAAAGAGUUACAGUUGGUUACCAUCUCAUUUGCCAGUGGCAGAGUCACAUGUAUACACUUGAAAAUGUGUCCAUUGUUGUUGUAACACAGUGGCUAAGAAUUUACAUUUGAUCGUGUCUGCUUUCUGAGGAAGCAUUUUUUUUUCUGUUAUGGACAUCUCUAAUGUUCAGUUAGUUUGACAUGACUUUCCAGUUACUUUAUUGAUUCUACCAGCUAUCUGCUGCAGACGGAGCACAAGAGGUGUCACAUGAAUAAAAGUGUGUUUAAAUGCACUUCUGUUCUUCGAUCCAACGACGCUGACAGCUCUGUUUUUACUCUAUAGUAGAGAGUUAUGAUCUCAGGAUGUAAAAUUGUCUAAUAACCAAUGCAUGAGGAUGCAAGAAUUGGAUUUUAAAUGUAUAUUUUAGCUGAACUGACCAGAACUCAACUAAUUUAAGCUUUGCUGUUGUUGUUGUUGUUUCAGAUUAAUUUUAUAAUCUUCAUUUAUGUAAUAUGUUUUUAUUUCUUUUGCUGAACAUUGCAGAGUUACAUGAAUACUUUAUGUGACGUGAUUUGUUUUUUUCAAUCUUCUGAUUAUUGACAUCAUUUUUAAUUUAGUGUGUUUUGUCUUAUCUCUAAUGCACUGAAUUGUAUGGAAUUAAAAUGUAAAGUGCCUAUUGUGCCAUUUAGAUAAUAAUAUGAAGAGGGCAGGCUGGUUGAAGGAAUCUCUAUUGUCAUCUCUGUCAUUGGCACAUGAUCAUUGAUUGCUGAUGGGGAAUCAUUUUACAUAUAUAACUUUUAUAUGAAUAAAAAAUACUUUCAUUUGAA